AUGUCAGCGCUCGGCUCCAUGGGCAUCCGCUUCGUCUCCAAGGCGGAGAUCGAGGCUGUGCAGCAGAAGGCCGACGAGGCCCGCGCGGCGAGCCAAAAGGCGGCUGCCGCGCAACGCAAGGUGGAGGGCGAGGCGAAGCGGCAGCGCGUGGCGAGCGGCGAUGCGUCAUGGGUCGCGCCGGCGGAGGAGGAGGCGGCCGCGGCGAGGGAGGGGCAGCCCGCUGCGCCGCCGGCGGAGGCGCCGAAGAGCCGCGACGCCGCCGGGCUCGGCUUCAUGAACGCGGCGCCCGCCGGCUUUGGCGCCGCCCUGGCGAGGAUCGCGCGGGAGCUGAACCCAUACGCGGACGCGGCAAAGGACUCCUCGCAGUGGACGCGCGACGGAGCGGUCUGCCUCGAGCGGUUCGGGAGCCUCGAGUCGCUGCCCGAGAUGCGCCGCAUCCAGCAGGAGCUGCAGCGGGGAGGAGGAGGAGGAGGAGCGGGCUCGCACGCGCACCUGCAGGCGACCGCAAGAGAUGCGAGGAGGCUGGUAGUGGUCAGUGGCAACUUCCUCACCUCCUUCCUCGAGAAGCAGCAGGAGAAGGAGCGGCUGGCGUCCCUCCCCCUGCCGGGCAGGGAGGCGAGGGAGGAGCGGGUGAGGGAGGAGGAGACUCGCGCCGAGGAGAAGGCUGCGGAGCGGCGCGGCCCUUCGCAGGUGGAGGUGGAUGCAAACAAGCUGGCGGCAAAGGCGCUGCGAGCGAAGAUGCGAGGCGACACGGCCGAGUACGAGAGGCUGCAGGCGCAGGCGGACGCGGCGGCCGCCGCCGCUCCGCCUGCUCCUCCGCCGGCUGCGGCGCCGUCUGGAGGCGGAGGAGCGGGAGGCGAGCGGAUCGUGCUUCUGCGAGGGGAGGAGGACGCCGUCGACCGCGCGCAGGCGCUGGCGCUGAUCGAGGAGCGGCUGUCCGAGGCGGCGGAGCGGGAGGCGCGCGGAGGCAAGGGGCGGGGCGGCAAGAAGCUCAAGCGGCGCCGGCCAGACAGGGCCCGGCCGGCGGCGGUCGAGAUGGAGGCGCUGUCGACGCGGCGGCCAAAGCGCGUGCAGCGGUUCGACAAGGGGUCGGGCGAGCGGACAAAGUACUUUCGAGACGACGACGCCGGCGCGUCGCUCUCGUCGGCCUCCGAGGGGGGCGCGGCGAGGAGCGCGUCGCUCUCGUCGCUCUACGAGGAGGCGCGGCGCGGCGCCGGCAAGACGAUCGACGACCACUACGCCGACAACGUUGCGCGGGCAGGCCGCAAGUACAAGGGGCCGGCCAGUGCGGACGACGAGCACGAGUCUCGCCUCAGCCGCAAGUCGGACGCGAAAAGGAAGCAGGCGGAGGCGUCGCAGCAGGCACCCGGGCGGCGGUCCAGAGGCGGCGGGGGCGCCCUCGAGCAGACGGCGGAGAAGCGCUUCAACGAGCGGAAGCAUCUCGUCGUAGCGCUGGGCGAGCUUGACAAGGCACCCAUCGGGCUCGGGCAUUGCGUCAUCGAGCCGAUCGAGCACGUCUUUCUCGAGCAGCACUUGCGCCUCGGCAGCGCCGGGCUGCCCUCGCGAGACACGAUGGCGAUCGAGCUACUUCAAAAAGGCGCCGAGGCGAUCCUCGAGUGCGACGAGGAGUGGUCGCAGCACAAGAAGAUCUACGACACGGGCGGCUGGACGGUCCCGGCGGGCUUCUCGUACUUCGCCGUCUCGUUCGCGCUGCAGGCGUGCCGCGCGCCGCCAGAGUGGUGGCCCGGCCACACGCCCGAGUGGUUGCCGAGCCGCGACGCGGGCUACGCCCACGUGGUCGAAGACGAGGCGGAGUGGAACACGGACUUCGGGCGCGAGACGGUCGAGGGCCUGAUCGAGUUCGACGGCGCCGGCAUCCCUCUCAAGCGGCGGCCGCCCUUGCCGUUCGAGGAGAUGCGAUCUCGCGUCGCGUUCGAGCCGUACGACUGGACGCAGCAGCUCUCGUAG